AUGGGGAUGCGUGUAAAAUCGAACCCAUUUCUUCUUAUUGCAGCUUUGUUCCACAUUUUGUCAGCCUUCUCAUUGGCAGAAUGUUGGCAAUUUGCCUGUGCCUGUGGAUCCAUAACUCCGCUGUUUAAUCAAAUUAUAUUAUGGUUUGUUCAUCAACAUGGUAACUUGUUCUCCAAGUUUUCUGUAUGCAGUCCGUUGCUUUUAGUUCUUUCCCUUUCUUGGUCACUGCUUCCGUCUGGUUCGUGCUCAAUUGCCGGAUGUGGUGUAAUGUUCUUGGGAGAGAAAAGAUUCUUGGGAGCCUUACGCGAGGCCGCAGGAUAUGUAGUGCAUCAAGGAGAAACAAUCUCGAAUGGUCUUAUAAUCGUCGUCAAUUAUCUUCAGUUGGCCAGGAACGUUUCUUUGAACAACAAAUUCCUACCACCCGAAAUCAUAAACCAGAUCGACAAGGUCACCUCUACAUUGGAUGAAAGUAAAGACCUCCCUCAUCUUACGAUGAUACGCAUGGCAGAUUCCUUGUUCGAAAUUCUCAAGCAUGAACACAGCUCUGAUCUCUAUCACUACUACCAUGCUUCUAGUAGCAUUUCUUGGAUUCUUAUUUUCGGCUGUUGGCUGGCAAACAUGGGUUUAUAUAUUCGUGAUCAUCGGGUGGGAUUAUCACGACUCUCGCGUUUAUCUUGUGCGGUGCUUUUCUUGCUUUCCACAAAUACGUGCACCAUGGUGGACGAAUGGGUGCAAAACCCCAUGGCCGGUUCGGCGAUCAAGGAACUUCUUCCUUGUGUGGAUAGGGAAUUCGGAAAAAACAUCAAGGAUGUGAGUAAAUCGGUUAGCAAUGGGAUUAACGAUCUGCUGAACCUUGAUGUUUCCCUUGUAGCCAAUAACAAUGACAUACCUCCACACGCAGUAGGUCUUUACUACAAUCAAUCCGGUCCCUCAUUGCCCACCGUUUGUGACCCGUACAAGGCAGAAAACAAUAAACAAGCUUGUGGUGAGGGUCAAGUAGCAGUGGGCAAUGCAACACAGAAAUGGAGCAAAUUCGUAUGCCACGUAUCGUCGUCCGGAAUUUGCAGCGCACAAUGGCGCCUGACCCCUGACUUGUACAAGCAAAUGAGUUCUGCUGCUAACAUAAGCUACGUGUUGUCCCGUUACGUUCCUUUCCUUGCUAGCCUAGUAGACUGCUCCACGAUCUGGGAAAUUCUCAAUUACAUGCAUCAGCAUUACUGUCUGGGGCUAAGGAAACACAGUCAAGAGGUUUAUAUCGGGUUGCUCGUCACCACGAUCUCGGUGAUGUUCUGUUUGGUCUCUUGGAAAGCUCAUUGCAUAUCAGUUCCUAAUUUUAACACACCCAUUAUUUGUGAGUUUGUCAUAAGAAACACCAGUAAAUUCGAGGCUUCACGGUGGAACAACAAGGUUGCAGGUUCGAUAGGUUCGGCGAGGAAGACAAAGAAGAUGGGUGCCGGUUGCGUGCAUCCGAAGAAAGGGUACUCGAAAUUCAACGUGGAAGCUGUUAAGGUAACCCUUGAUGAUCAGGCUCGGAGGGUUACCAUUUCAUGCAGCAUGAAGCAUGACAAAACCGUGGAAUUUAUGGGAUUAAUGUACUACUUAAUAGUCUAUUAA